UGUGUAUGCAAUAAAGGUUAACAGCAGCGGGGUUAAGGCCUCUUAUAAGACGGGCAGAAUCUGGUUUCGGAGAUUAUUCGCGCGCUGUUCGCUCGACCCGAACACACACACAUAUCACAGAUUAUCAAAGCAAAGAUGUUGUCGAAAUUCCGUGGAUUAGCCAGGCUCGAGGCCCAGGUCACCGCGAGACGUUCCGUCAGCUCCCAAGAGGUCUUCGACAAAGAGUCCAAAUACGCAGCUCACAACUACCAUCCACUUCCGGUCGCUCUCUGCAAAGGAGAAGGUGUUCACGUUUGGGAUGUCGAGGGAAAGAAGUACAUGGACUUCUUGAGCGGUUACUCCGCAAACAACUUUGGUCAUUGCCAUCCCAAGAUCGUGUCCACCAUCCAGAAGCAAGCGGGAAUCCUGCACCACACCUCCAGGGCAUUCUACAGCGACGUCCUGGGAGAGUACAGCGAGAAGAUCACCAAAAUGUUCGGAUACGAUAAAGUGCUUCCGAUGAACACCGGCGUCGAGGCCGAUGACACCGCUUGCAAAUUGGCGAGGAAAUGGGGCUACCAGAAAAAGAAGAUCCCCAAGAACCAGGCCAAGACCAUCUUCUGUAGCGAGAACUUCUGGGGUCGCUCUCUGGCCGCCAUCUCCGCAUCCACCGAUCCUCUGAGCUUCGAGGGAUACGGACCCUUCAUGCCCGGAUUCAGCUGCGUCCCUUACAACGACCUCACCGCACUCGAAAAAGCCCUUCAGGAUCCGACCGUGUGCGCCUUCAUGGUGGAACCGAUCCAAGGAGAGGCCGGCAUCAUCGUGCCCCACGAGGGUUACUUGAAGGGAGUGAGGGCGCUGUGCGACAAGUACAACGUGCUGUGGAUCGCCGACGAAAUUCAAACCGGACUUGGAAGGACCGGCAAGAGGAUCGCCGUCGACCACGAAAACGUGAAACCCGACAUCCUCGUGCUCGGCAAAGCGUUAGGCGGUGGCGUCUAUCCCGUCUCCGCUUGCUUGGCCAACGACGACGUGAUGUUGGUGAUGGAACCGGGCACUCACGGCUCAACGUUCGGUGGAAACCCGCUGGGAUCUAAGGUGGCCAUCUCCGCUCUGGAGGUGCUCGAGGAGGAGAAGUUGGCCGAGAACGCUACGAAGAUGGGCGAGAUCUUCAGGAGCGGCGUUCAGGGUGCUGCCGACAAGAGGGUCGUCAUCGAUGUUCGCGGAAGGGGACUCAUGAACGCCACAGUCAUCAACAGAAAUUACGCCGACGCCUGGGACGUCUGCCUGAAACUCAAAGAGAACGGAGUCAUCGCCAAGCACACGCACGAGGACAUCAUCAGAUUCGCGCCUCCGUUGACCAUCAACGAAACCCAAAUGAACCAAGCCGUCGACAUCAUCACCAAGACAAUCAACAGCUUCUCCAAAUAAUUCACAAAACACCCACGUAUUCUUAUAAAAUAACUCCUAUAUUUUAUACCCAACCCUAUUACUUCUUAUCUUGUUAAAAAAUAUUAUAUAUUUCUAAGUUUCAA